AUGAGCAAUGCCGCAAGCCCGGUGGGGGCGUUUCCUCCUCCGCCGGGCGUCAUUCCCAAUUUCGAGAAUCCUCGAGAUGCUGGGUGGUUGCUGAACGUCAUAGCAAUGAGUGUUAUGGUGGGAGCCACGACGAUUUUCUUUGCUAUCAGAGCAUAUGUGAAAUCCUUCCAGUCAGGUUCACUCCUGCUAGAAGACUGGACUUGUGCUAUAGCAUACCUUCUCAUUGUACUCUACAUUGCGGUUGUAUUUGUGAUGGCGCACCACGGCGAGGGAUACCAUGUCUGGGAGAUAACGAAGGAGGCAUACCAGAACGUGAUGCGGUGGCUCUAUGCGAGUUCCGUCAUUUAUAUACCGGCAGCAUAUUUCACAAAGGUCACGCUCCUGCUCUUCGAGGGUCGAGUCUUCAAGGUCCACGAGCGAACCUCCCGUGGUAUUCGGAUCUUCAUCAUCGCCUUGUUCAUCAGCUACAUCCCCGUACAGACACUGAAAACGGUCGUUUGCUGGCCAAUAUCUGCGUUCUGGGACCCUCGCAUACCGAAAUCGAAGUGUCUCAACCAGCGUAAAAUCUUCAUCGCUGACAUGAGCCUCGCGAUCCUCACCGAUGUCGUAAUUAUUGUGAUUCCGAUGCCGCUUCUUUGGGACCUGCGCUUGCCUUUGUGGAAGAAGGUUAAGAUCCUGACGCUUCUCGGUGCGGGCGGCAUUGCCACAGCCGUUACUAUCUAUCGCAUGUAUCUAGUUGUUCAAUUCAUCUAUUCCAAAGACGUGACUGCCGAUUUUGUCGUCUUGGAUAUCUUAACAGCACUGGAACUUGUGGUUGGUUUGAUUUGCGCAUGUUUGCCAUCGCUAAACCUCCUUUACGAACGCCUGAGAAAACGCGAAACGAAGCCUACGGGUAACAGGCCCAGGUCUGUACGUGAGGUCAAGAACAAGAAGGAAAAUUCCCAGAGUACAUUUGCUUUAUGGAGUCUGAUGACCGGGAAGCAAACAAGAUCUGCUCGUACUGAGGCUCCCAUGACAGAGGGUGCCAACAGCCUACAACUCAAAACGAACUUGGACACUGAGCCUGGAACUCUCAGUAGCCAAGAAAUGGGAGCAAUCGCCCAGGAAGAAGACUUGGAAACAGACACGGUGCAAUGUGUUGGAAAUGAUGUUUUUAGCCCCACAGCAAAGUCGAUUGACGGCCGGCGAGAGGAAUGGCCGAUGGCAGAGGCUGGAAGCUCAUCUGAAAGAGUGAGGAUACAGCGGUGGAAACACCAUGAACUUGAAGCGAGAAAUUCCUGGGAAGCUGUGUGGGAAAGAGCAGUACCCUUGGGGGGUUUACCGCCGAUACCAGAAGACAGCGGCGCUCCUCGGCUUGAACUCACGAUACAUCCACAGACAGACUGGGAAAGUCUGGACCCGGCUAAUGCAAAUCAUAUUAUGGUCUGA